AGAUAUAUUGGUAUCUCCCUGAGUCCGCCAUAUUGGAUUUCUUGGAAAUAAGGAGGCGUAUGUCCUUAAAUGGGCCGUCAUUCACCACAAGCUACCAUGCAAGGUGUGCGUGAGCAACUAACAUGCAAAUGAGCACGUUUGUGUUCGCCAUUUGCAUUUCUCUGUGUAAACCGCCGUCAUGGCGCAACUCGACCUUGCUUUCGUCUUGGAUUGCACAGUAAGUAUGAAGAAAUAUAUCGACGCAGCAAAAGCUAACAUCAAGCGCAUUGUUGAUAAAAUCGUGGCAAGUGAAAAGCGAGACGUUCGUUUGGCACUUAUACAGUAUCGUGACCAUUUCUCCCCAUGGAGAGAAUUCGAUACUGUGAGGGUUAGGGACUUCACAUCCAGUGUACUGACAAUGAAAUCAUGGCUGGAUGUAUGUAAAGCUGUGACAGAGGGAAACAUCAUCGACGCGCCUGAAGCUGUUGCAGACGGCCUGCAUGAGUUAACAAACCUUACUUGGAGAAAGGAUGCAACAAAAAUUGCAGUUUUGGUUUGUGAUGCGCCACCUCAUGGACUUGGGGGUGAUGGUGAUAACUACCCUAAAGGUUGUCCACGGGGCUACGACCCUCUGAAAACUGUAAACCGAUUAGCAACAAAGGAAGUUGUGCUGUAUGUUGCCGGCUGUGAACCAAGUGUGUCAGCCUACAAGAACUUCUUUACAGGUUUAGCCUAUGUUACUGGGGGGCAAUACGUGCCUCUUGCAUCCUCUGACAACCUCGCCACCAUCAUUGUAUGUGGCGCGGAGGAGGAGAUGUCACUGGAAUAUCUGAUGAAGACAGAAGUUGGUGCAGCCAUCAAACAGUUACAAGACUCAGGUGUUGAAUUUGACGAUGAUUUAAUGGAGCUACACCUCUCUGCAGAAAUGGCCAGGAAGGGUAUCACAACGAAGAAGUUGAGACGAAAUAAGGCCAGUUUGGGAGAUGUGAGUGACAAGGCCAAGGCCAUCGCACAGAUGGCGGAUUUAGCAGAGUACAGGAGAACAGAUCUUAGAUAUGUUCGCCCUGCAUCCGUUGCCAGUGCUGCUGUGGGUGACGUGUUUGACGUGGAGGAGAGUGAGAUUGAUUACGCCCAAGUCCAGAGAAUGGUACAGAAGUCCAAGAUGAGGAACAAAGCACUGUUUGAGGAUUGAUAUGCAGACAAAAAAAUCAAGUAUUAUUUACUGUGUACAGAGACCAUAUAAUAUGGUCUCUGCUGUGUAUUCUCAUCUUGUAUAUUCAUGUCUGGUUGGUCGACUGUGUAAAAAGUGACAAUAUAGCAUAGCCAUUUGUAUUAUCAAAUGUUACACAUAUACAAACUGUCUUUCAUGCUUUACAUCAUACAUAUGUGGAAUGUAAAGAAUGAUUGCGCCACUAAAGUUAUGAAAUUAUGUGACUUCUCAUUUAAUAAGCACGUAAAUAAAACCUCUUGUGAUCAAUUUGUUAAUUUCCAUGGAGCGGGUGAGUAAGUAUGGUUUUACGCCGAUUUUAGCAAUAUUCCAGCAAUGUCACGGCCAUGUGGGGAAUCGAACCCGGGUCAUCGGCGUGAGAGCUUUUACCACCAGGCUACCCCACUGCCCUUGUUGAACUGGAACCAUGCAUUCGUGUACAAUGUUCUACUCUCCACUUUGAGGGUUAUUCUAUUUCCAUGAUAUUGUUUUGUAUAUUAUUAUGUAUAUUUAUGUCUUCAAGAUAUAGGCACUUUAACUAGCACUGACUUUUGGGACAUUUCAAAAUCCAACAAGGGACAUAGGGUUGUAUCAGUCAUGGUGUACGCCCACGUAGCCCACGUAGCCCACUAGCCGGACUAAUACAGUCUUACUCGAAUGAAGAGGAACUGCUCCAUGACAGCUCAAUGCUAAAACCGAAAUAUGUUUCCCUGCUGAAAAGGUCUAAUUCAAUUACUAAUAUUUUGUUAUUGUGUGGAAUAUGAUGAGUCAGUAUACACCUAUGUGGUUGUUACUUCCAAAAGAACCAAGUUUGCAUGAAAUUAGCCAUCUUGGAUAUCUUUAGACCAAAGUGUAUAAUCCAGUAAUACUGUAACAAAACAGUUAAAAAAGGCAUAAGACUCAAGUAAACUCAAGCAUCUUCUUGGAAGAGAUGCCUCAAUUAGUUCA